CCUUCCGUGGCGCCCUUCAUUGGCUGAGCAUUCUCCCCUCCCCUGCUGCCGUUCGGAAACAGCCGCUUCCUCUUUUAAUCCCCGCCUCAUAUUUCUUCACCUUAGCGCUAAUUGGUUACUGCCGCUGACAGCGCUCCCUCUCCAUCCGUCCACUCACUGGAUGCCGGCCUUCGUCCGUCUCGACACACCCUGUUUUCCCCUUUCGCCGAUUGGCGCUACUGCCCGGCCGCGCCUUUGGAACGCGACGGACCAAUCAGAAAGAAGAGGAGGCGGAGCCUGGGAGUCGCCGGCUGCAGGUGGGGGUCAUUCACUCGCAUCCAAGCAACGGCGCUGCCGGGUGAGGAUCUCGGGGAGUCCCUCCGCGUGCGCGGGCGGGGCGGGGCGAUGUGUGGAAUCCCUCUGGAGAGAGGAGAGGGAGACGACUCGGAAGGGCUGGACCGAUAGGCAAGGCUUCAUUUCACCCCGGGGCUCUCAUGAGCCCCGGAACCUGUUGACAGUGCUAGGCCACGGUUCUGAAAUCUACGGACAGAGUGCCUCUGAGUGUAAACAGAGUGCAUUUCCCACCUCUGCGUGGCUCUGAAUUGAGACUUGGGAAGGGGACUUUCAGGAUAAACAGCAUGGGUAUCUUGUCUCAGCCGCUGCAUAGAUUAUAGUAUAAUAGUUUAAACGUUGGUUAUUUAUAUAAUGAACGAAGGGCUGUCUUAGUAAUCCUUACACCAGUCCUUCAAGGUAGUCCAGUGUUGCAGAUGUUUUUAGAAGGGGAAGUCCUGGGAUGGGGAAAGAAUGAGGGGUAUUAUGGGUUUGAUCUUGUAGAAGGGAUUAUACACUCCAAAUAAUGUAAUAGGGAUUGUUUAGUAGGGAUGUAAUUGUUUAAUAGGGAUUGUGAUAUGCUCCUGUGCACAGUCUGGAUCAACUGCCAAGCCUGUUGUCAGUGCAUGUUUAUUCUGAUUCAGAGGUGGGAAACCUCAUGCUCAGGGGCCGAAUGUGGUCUUCUAGCCCUCCCAACCUCUCUGUCUGGCUCUCAGCACUCUCCCCAGCCACACUCCUUAUGGGCCCUGCUUUGCACACUCCUUGAAUGGUUUUGCCUGGCUGGAAUGUGUCCUAGAACUCUUUGCUUCCCUGAACGGAGGGUAGAGAGGGGUGUGUGAGUGUGUGUAGGAAGUAGCCUAAUGUUCAAAGGUUAUAUUGACACUUGUUGCCCCUCCCACUUUUGUGUUUGCCCCUGUCCAGCCCUGCAUGGGGCAUGUAGCCCCCAGAAGCUUGUCUAGAAGGGAAUGUGGCUGAAAAAAGGUUCCCUUCAACUGUUCUUAUUUGGCUAUACUCUGCUUCCAUGAUCAGAAGUGGUGAGAUCCUGAUAACCAGCUGCUAUAAACCACAGGAUGUGCUCAGGUCCUGCUUGCUGCCUUCUCAUAGGCAUACGGCUGGCCACUAUGAGAACAGGAUGAUGGCCAGAUCAUUGGUUCAACCCAGAAGGCUCUUUUUAUUUUCCUAAUUUGUAUUGAUAACCAGGAGAUGUAAUUGCAGUGUAUUGUUUCAAACUCACGGUUGUAAGGAUCUAUUUUGAAGGACUAAAGAAAUAUGAGAGUCAUGGGGAUGUAGUAGAUGGCUAUUGAACACACAGUGCAAUCCUAUGCAUAUUUGUUUGAAAUGAAACUCCACAGGGGCAGUCAGGAUAUUUUGGAUGGCAGCCGUAUUGCAGAGAGAUCUGAGUUCAUAAUCUCUGUGGGGUUUAGCAUAGCUUAACCGCACAGGGUUAUAAGGCAGCUGAAAUGUUGGUCCAAGUUGCUUGGAGGAAGAAAUAUCAGAAUUGUUGCAGUAUGAAGAUGGAAAACAAAGGAUAUAAGCUGCACCAUUCAUGCCUGACAUUUGAAGAGCAAUCUCCCUUAGAUCAGUUCUGCAAUCUACUCCCCGCUGCAGUCUUGCUGUAGUUAUAUGGUCAAGGCAGCAAUAAACCUGUCAUUGUGGUUGUGCCAGAGCGCUGAUUCAGGCUUUUUGGUCUUUUUCUUCCCUAUUUGGGGAAAUCUGAUGCAGCCACAUUGCAGUCCUCCAACUUGUUGAUUUUGACUAGUUUGAUGAUCUAAAGGAAACCUGUGAUUUGUGUCGGAGGCCUUGAUCACUUGAUGGCUGAAAUGUGUCUGUUGAAAUUGUCAGCUAUGCCCUACCAAUGGUUACUGUCCAGUGAUGACCAAGACUGGGUCAUUCUCCUUUAUCUCUUCCACAACUCCCCUGAAAGUGGCAUGGUAAUUGGCAUGUCUCUACCUGCCUCCCCUGACAUCAGACAUCCAUUGCCUCUUAUGUUUACUGCCCUUCUUAGCUCUCCAACUGCUGUGUUGCAUUCCACCUUCCAUGUUGACCUUUCAAAAUGUCUCUUCUUGGGUAGCUGGUGUUUGAAGUAUUCAGCUGUCUAAAUAUCACUGCUGCCAUCACCCUUUGCUUUUCAGCUCUUGAUCCAGAGCAUUCCACAUCUACAAUAGGAUGACCCGGGACGUGGGUCUAGAAGAUGAGCUUCCGGACUGGGCUGGAGCCAAAGAGUUCUACCAGAAAUAUGACCCUAAGGAUGUAAUUGGCAGGUGAGGAGUGGGUCAGGAAAGGGGGGUAAUCAUGGAUUGAAUAAUGUGCUUGGAUGGGGACCCAUUACACUACAAGUGGAUAAACUGUUUCCGUCCAUAUAUUGUUGGACUUCAGCUCCCAGCAGCCAGCAUGGCCAAUCAUAAGGGAUGAUGGGAAUUGUAGUCCAGAACAUCUGGAGGACUUAUGGCUUUCCAACCUCUGUCCUACAUUUCUUCUCCACCGUGGAGUCAAUAUUUUUUAGAAACUUGACGUCUCUCUUGCUGUUUGUUCAUCUCUGCUCCUCUGCAGGGGUGUCAGCAGCGUGGUCCGGCGCUGCAUACACAAGCAAACAGGCCAGGAGUAUGCAGUGAAGAUUAUUGAGGUUACUCCGGAACGCAUGACCCCACAGCAGCUCGAGGAAGUGCGCUUAUCGACAGGCAAAGAGAUUGAAAUCCUGCGCCAGGUCUCCGGACACCCCUACAUCAGUGAGUGACUACCCACCCAGCCCAGAAUCUCUGUAACCCAAAUGUGCAUCCCAAUAUUUGGGCCUCCUUCUGAAACCCUAGUAUUUUCUCAAAUGUAAUUUUAUAUUGUAUAGUUGCCCCCAAAUGAACCCUGCCCCCCCCCAGCAUCUAGGCCUUCCACCAUGUUGAUGAUCUCAACAUUCACAGCAACACCACCAUGUUGACAUCUGUGCCCAUCUCUACUUCCUUAAUCAUUGCGUGGUCUCAUCCUGCACACUCCUAAAUCAGGGGUGGGGAACCUGUGACACUCUGGAUGUUAUUGGGCUGCCAAUUCCAUCAUCCUUGACUGCUGGCUAUGCGGACUGGUAAUGAGAAUUGCGCUGCCCUUAAUUGUUGUCGGAAUGGAGGAAACCAUGUUUAGGGUUUGCAUUGGGGUGGGGAGCAGCAGAUUGCUGGGAGUGUGGCAUGUAGCAAAGUGGGAAGGGGGAGUUGAAAGGAGCAAAGGGAGGUCUGUUGGGGAGCGGCAACUUGGUCAAUUGACAGAAGAGCGAGAGCAAAAUAUACAUCAGGAAUCUUAGUUUGGUCAGAAUACAUUCCAGAGUUACCAGAGUCAUGGUAAAUGAGCCACCACAGCCGAUAGAGGGUCAUGAAAAUUUGUGUCCUGGGUUUUUUAGACUCGCCUAGCCAUGUACCAUCUGAAACCAAAGGGGCACAUUGGUUGCCAAAUGUGAUUUCCCCCCAGCUCUCCUACCCUACUGCUGAAAGGGAUGAAUACACCCCCCCACUGCCUACUUCAGCAGUGUCUAACCUGUGACUGCCUCCCUUAAGCUGGGGGACUCUAACUCUCAUAAUUUGUUACCACUGGCCAUGCUGGAGGGCAGUAGAUUCCCCCAUUCCUAAAGCUACACAGCACUGUUAGCACAAUAAGACUGUGGCCAUGCUCUCUUUCAUUGUAGCUGCCUGUCUCUAGGCACUGAGCUGGAGCUGUUUCCUGCCAUCUUACGUCGGUGAAGCAAUCAGCUCUCAAACUGUAUAAUCCAAUCCCCCUCUUUCCCCUCCUUCUCUCUCUCUCCCUCUCUAGUUACUCUGAUAGAUUCCUAUGAGUCAUCUGCCUUCAUGUUCCUGGUGUUUGACUUGUAAGUAACAAGCUAUUGAAAAGAGGAGCUGCUGACCCACCCUGUUCUCACCAAGAUGGGAAACGCCCUUGUAGCUGUCGUGGGUCUUGACCCUCCCAAGAGGGAUUAAAAGGAAAAAUAGAGAGACAUACUUUCCCACUGCAUGUUACAGGCCCUCUUCUUCCAAGAUGGCGAUCAGUCUGGUUUUGAGAAGUCAUGUGUGAAGCCACCCUCAGAGAGGCAGCUGGGUGGGAGGAAGAGCCAUAAUAGUUGUUGAAAAGGGAAGUUGACAGAGGCAGUGGAUUUCUGCUGCUAGGCUUCCAGGCCUUUGCGGGCUGAAGUGGUGUUGCUUUCAAACCCACAAUGCCUGUGUGCUUGCUGCUGUGCCUCUGAAAUUCCUCUUCAGUGUAGAUAAGUAGAGGUAUUUUAGUGAGACAUUGUGUGUAGGAAGGGGAGAGCCAGUGUGGUGUAGUGGUUAAGAGCGGUGGACUCGUAAUCUGGGGAACCGGGUUCGCGUCUCCGCUCCUCCACAUGCAGCUGCUGGGUGACCUUGGGCCAGUCACACUUCUCUGAAGUAUCUCAGCCUCACUCACCUCACAGAGCAUUUGUUGUGGGGGAGGAAGGGUAAGGAGAAUGUUAGCCGCUUUGAGACUCCUUUGGGUAGUGAUAAAGUGGGAUAUCAAAUCCAAACUCUUCUUCUUCUCCAUGCCACCCCCAUUGCAUGUGGAUUUACCCCGUCUCACAUUCCCCUGACAGGAUGAGACGCGGGGAGCUCUUUGACUACCUUACAGAGAAGGUGACCCUCAGCGAGAAGGAGACCAGGUAAUGUGCCGUCCCCUCUGCUGGAUCUGGGGAGGCAGAAGCUCUCUUGGCCCGGCUCCAGCUGCGAUGAUCUGAUAAGUGGCGGCUCCUUCAGCUUGUGUCUCUCUUCUUUCAGGUGUAUCAUGCGAGCCCUCUUGGACGCCGUGAGCUACCUUCACGCCAAUAAUAUCAUCCAUCGAGAUCUCAAGCCCGAGAAUAUCCUCAUGGAUGACCAGCUGAACAUCAAACUCUCGGAUUUUGGCUUUUCCUGCCACUUGAAGCCAGGCGAGAAGCUGCGAGGUGGGCAUGGGCCAGUCUGAGUACAGGUCUCUGUAGGGCAGACCAGCUCAGUGAUAGCUCAGUCAGUAGAGCAUGAGAUUUUUAAUCCCUAGGUCAUGGGUUCAAGCCCCUCGUUGGGCAAAAUAUUCCUGCACUGCAGGGGGUUGGACUAGAUGACUCUUGUGGCCCCUUCCAACACUACAGAUUCCGUGAUUCUGCUGUGAGCAGGGUGGCUGGUCUGACUUACGCAGCUCCUGCUAGCAGUGACUCCUGAUUUGAGAUUCUUGGGCACCAAACCUUAUGCAUCUCUGUAAUUUCCAACUCCUUCCUCUUAGAGCUGUGUGGGACCCCUGGCUACCUGGCCCCAGAGAUCCUGAAAUGCUCCAUGGACGAGACCCACCCUGGUUAUGGAAAGGAAGUGGACCUGUAAGUGACAGCUAGCUAACACCUGUUCCCCUUGGCGGAGGCAUAGUUUCUUGGGAAGGAGGGGUGGAGGAAGUUCCAUGACAAGAGCCAAAGCUCAGCUGGGUCUUUAUACCUGUUUUGAGAGAGAGGUGUCUGCUCCCUGUUCUUUUGCCCGAGCAAAUCGGAGGGGAGGAAUCAGUUGUUCUCUCCCCAUGUUCUGUCCCUCUGUCCCCUUGUUACUCACCACACAGUCACUAUUUGAAAAUAGCUUGGAACUCUACCAUCAUAUUCUAUAGUUGGCAGAACAGCUACACCCAUUGACAAGAUUUUGCAUGCGCUUACAUACUUGAGUCAAAAUAUGGACUGGGUUUUGUGUUGUUGCUGUUUUGAAGAGGAACAAUAUUUUGACUGUUUCCCAUGGAUGAAGCAUGGUAGUAAUAAAUAAAUAAAUAAAUAAAUAAAUAAAUAAAUAUUUCAAGAUUCCAAAAAUUGUAUAGGGUGCUUCCUCGGCCAAUAUUCCUUAGUCUUUCUGCUUUGCUGUUCUCCAAUUUUGGUGUUUGGGAAAAGGGUGCAGGAAAUAAAGCUCUCUCCUCCUUUCCCUGAAGUUGGGCCUGUGGAGUCAUCUUUUUCACCCUCUUGGCUGGCUCUCCUCCUUUCUGGCACCGUAAGCAGAUGCUGAUGCUUCGGAUGAUCAUGGAAGGGCGAUACCAGUUUGGCUCACCUGAGUGGGAUGACCGGUCCGACACAGUCAAAGAUCUGGUAAGAUGGUGAAAAUCCCAUCUCUUGUAACACAACUCAAGCUACAUGUACAUUCAACAUCUCCUUUUAGGAAACAUCUGUGCCCAGAAAAAAAAGAGUUCUGCAAUGUGGUAUUGUGAAGGAUCUUACCGGCUGGGCCCAACUGGGAUUUGCCUUCCCACCAAUUCCUUAUUAAAUCCUAAAGGAUCCCUGUCUCAUGCAGUUUAUAUACAGUGUACCUACUUUUUACUUCAUAGCUGCCACUAUUUAAUUCCAGCUGGUUGCUUUAACCUUUUACUACAUGGAGUAGCGGAUUAGAGGCAUUGAACAAAUGGAGCUGGAGGCUUGUGUUAAACAAAUAGGCAUUAAAGCUUAUUUAAUAUAAAAUCAUAGCUUUAAUGCAGGUAUUUAUUUAAUAACAUAGUUUGAUGAUUGCUAAAAUAUGUUACUUGUACUUUAAGUCUGGUGUUGGCUCAAAAGAGGUUGCUACAUAAUUGUCCUAGUUCUCAUCGCUAUGUCGACCUGAUAGCCAGAUCUCCAUUUAUCCGCUGCUCUGGUCAGGGUAUUACUGAAAGAGCACAAGGUAGUUAAGGGUGUCUCAACUGUUAGUCAGACUGAACUCCCAUCUCUUGAGACUCCUGCUCACCCCGAUUGGCUUGAUUCAGUUUUCUUCAGAAAUCUCUCUUCUGGUCUGGUGCUUGAAGACUCAGCCAUGAUGGUGCUGCCUCUGAAGUCUUUCUCCUUCCUGAGGUCCACUGUCAGCUGCUGGCAACUCUGGUCAGACACCAUCCUGAAAAACACCUCUUCUGGCUGGCCUCCCUCAGCCCGUCUCCGUGGUUCUAAGCUCACCUUCCGACUCUCUGGUCUCCUGACCAACUGCACCCAAAGAAUGCUGUGUCUGCCCUUAUAUUUACUCCCUCUGGCCAAUCAUUGGGUUCUUUCUGGAGUUCCGAGUCCUCAUUGGACCAAUCAUUCGAACGGAAUGUCCACGAAAGGACCUAUCGCCAUUUGACUUUUUCAAUUCACUUGACCCUAAUAAAAGGUAGAGUCCACAGCUAACUGCCAUUAACUGUAAACCUAGCUAGUAUGGAGCCAAAUCUGGUAUUUUGAAACUAGCUCCUUCCUGGCAAGACUGCCAGCUGAACCCACAUACAUUAUAUAUUUUCUGACUUCAGCCAGAAGCAAAAUGCUGGGUUUCCCUGCUUCUUCACACAAUUAACCAUUUUUAUAUCAAAUACUUUUAUUGUAACAACCUUCUUACAUUUAAUCUCUGCUUUUAAAAAAUCCAGUAUCUUUACACCUGUGUUACACAAUUCAAGCCUCUUUGUAUAUUUUACACUAUUCUGUUUUUGCUUGUUAUGGGGAGGACCAAAGAGUAACACAGGGAUCCCUGCCCUUUACCUCAUAAAAUCCUAUUUGUUUCCCAGUUCAAGCGUCACAUAUUUCAGCAGCUUCUAUAGUUUCAAAAUGUAACUUCUAGACCUUGAGAACUAAAAACUUGUUUUUCCCUUUAGAAAGAGAACCAACAUUCUCAGGAUUAAUCAUUCUUUUUCUGCUUUUCUCAGCUUUAAGAUUCAUGUCUUGAAUUGUGGCGACAGUGGGAUAGAAGAGAUCCCAGCGAUUGUUGCCCAUGAUAAUAGAUGAUCGCCUGAGGCUUCCAGUACUUUCACCUCUGCCCUAAUUGGCAGGUUUAAAAAACAAGAUUCCAUUGUAAGAACGAAGGCCCUGAUUGGCAGCUAGUGACAUGAAGUGUUUGGCAAAGUAGACUGACAGAGGGAGCUGGAGAAGUGAGAGUUUGUGGAAAAACUCACAACUAAGUGAUAAAGUAUUGGUUAGAGAAUAUCAGAGUAGGACCGGAGGAGAUCCUGGUUCAAAUCUCCAUUUAGCCACGAAACUCAUUGGAAGACUUUGACCCUAUCUCCCAGCCUAACUUAGCUUGCAGUGUGAGAACCGUUCAUGCUGUAUUGAGCUUCUUGCAGGAAGGGUGGGAUGAAAACAGAUUAUUAUUAUUAUUAUUAUUAUUAUUUGCCCCUGAAUUGCUCAGCCUUCUAUAUUGGGCGCCAGAUAUAUGCCCCUCUCCCCCAAAUGUCUCUUGCCCAACUCUGUGUGUGUGUUUGGCAGAUCUCACGACUGCUGCAGGUGGAUCCAGAAGAACGGUUGACAGCUCAGCAGGCCCUGCAGCACCCCUUCUUCCAGCAGUACGGUGGCCGUAAACGCCGGCUCUUCAAUCCGCACCAUGCAUUCAGGGCAAGUCUCUUGAUCCUCUUGCCAUGCAAAUGUUUCCCACACAGGAGGAAACAUUUAUUCUAAGGUGGUUCCUGCUGCAACACGUGCAAGCGUUUUCUAAAAGCAAUGUGUUCGUUUUUUCCUUCAUACCAUCCCCCCCCCUCAUGUAAUCAGUGAAUUGACCAAAACCAGUAUGAUGGAUCAAUUAGGGCUUCUUAGUCAGUUUGUGUGCAUCCCCCUUCCCAAUCUGAUCAUCUCCUUUCAACGCUGGUGCUUUAUAGCUUUCUAGUAAUGCGCCUGAAACUUUGUGGAUCUUUCCACUUGUUUCUUCCGUAGUCCUUUGUCACUGAUUCAUGGAGGGUGUCUAUCAGUAAGUAGUGGUCAUGAUUGCUUUAUGAUAUGGGAUCAGAGGUAGCAGUAUGCCUCUCAAUACUACUUGCUGAGGAGCAGAAGUAGGAGAGAGGGCUGUUGCAUUUAUGUUCCAUUUGUUGACUUCCCAGAAGCACCCGGGAAGCCACACUGGAGAAGUGGUUGAUUUGCUACCAGGCCAGGUUCACGGUCCUUGUGUUAAUUCACAAAGCCCUAAACAACUUGGGUGCAAAAUACGUUCAGGAUGGUCUCAUGCAUUAAACUCCCCCUUGAUCACGGAGAUCCUCUUUAACAGUGUUUUCCAAACAUUUCAUGUUGGUGAUACACUUUUAAGAUAUGCAUCAUGUUGUGACAGUAAUUCAGUUUUACUAGCAAACUGGAGGUUAAACUAAGCCCAUUCCAGCCCCGGGAGGAGUGUGGGGAGCGUUUGUGUGACUCACCUACACACUGCAGCUGACAAACCAACGUGUCAUGACUCGCGACACACAGUUUGGAAAGCUCUGCUCAAACAGGACACCUCUGGAGGUUGCCCAGGCCCCUGAGUUUCAUUUGGCCUUCACUAGAGGCUGUGCCUUUAGGCCCUGCCCUGCUGAACUCCUUAUCCGGAAGAGGUUUGGCAGGAAAAUGCCUUAUUUCAGUCUGCUGAAAACUACUGUUUAGACCACUCUUCACAAUAGGAACUUUUUUUUUUAACCAACCAGUAUCUACUGAUGUUUUACUGAUAUGUCUACACUGAUUUUAUUAUACUCUGUCCAUUGUAAGCCACCUUGAUAUACUUUAUGAAAGUGUGGAUUACAAUCAUUUAAAUAAAUGAAUUGAUAAAUAAGAAUGCUGGACCAGGUGGGUCUUAGUCUGGCGCAGCAAGUGCUGAUGUUCUCUCCUGCUAACCUUCUAGGUCUCACUUCCCAUAUUGACACUAUUCCUGUCUCUUUCCCGCGAUAGGUUCUUGCAUGGACUGUGCGGGCCUCUAUCCGCAUCGUCUCCAACUACCGGCGGGUACGGCCGGUCACCAAGGAGAUGCUCAUGUGCGACCCCUAUGCGCUCAAGGGGGUGCGCAAGCUGAUUGACGCGUGCGCCUUCCGCAUCUAUGGGCACUGGGUCAAGAAAGGUGAGCAGCAGAACCGGGCCGCCCUCUUUGAAAACGUCCCCAAGGCCAUCCAGCUUGUCUUGCUCAGCACAGAGGGGGAGGAAGCCCCUGCGUCUGCGGUGGAUGACCCUCCCAACUAAACACCCGGUUGCUGCUCCCUGUGCAACUGUGGAAUCACUGGGUCCCUGAACGAAGAAAGGAGGCAGGAGCCACUUCAAGAACUGUCCCACCACCUUCCAUCUCUUCUUGGGGGAACGGCAAGUACCUCCUGUGGGGAGGUAUCCUCAUCCUUGCAUGCGAAGGGGGGUCCAAUUUCCUGGGGAACAAGGACUUCUUUGCCUUCUGGAAAGAAUUCCUGAGUUUGUGGCUGUCAGAAACUAAGGGUCCCCUAACAUACCUGGGAAGGGCCCUGAGAUCUGUGUAGGGCAAGAAUACAGAGCAUCUGAAUUGUUAGAUGUGUAUGGAUUAGGGAGGCUUAUCUGUGUUGCCAGAAGAAGGACUUUUUGUCCUUGCAUCUCUUCCCACAGUAAGAGGACCUGCUACCUCUUGCCCCUCAAAGCAGCCAACUUCACCAUUGCUGAGGGAUCAAUCCUUGCCUAUAGCCAGUAUGGGUGGUCCAGGGAGGAAGGGGGUGGAUUGGGAUUGGAAAUUGCAGAGUUCCCUUUCCCUGCUAGCAGGAAUUGGGCCCGACCCUUCUCUGUAGAUUAUAUUGUAUUUUAUUUUCCACCUGGUUGUGCCAUCUUUCCACAUCCAUGAUGUCACAAUUAGAAUAAAAUGGAAUGUGACCAAAACUGA